UAUGUGCUAUCUAUUAUAGUGGUUUCAAAGCUCAAGCGAUUUCGGUCGAAAACGAAAGUAGACAUUGAUAACUUUAUACUGCAUAUUCAGAAUGGGAAACACACCCUCCGAGGAUUAUGGCUCUCGUGGAACCAUUACUGAAAUGAGACCGUCUGAGUUACGAUUUACUCAUGAUAGUGUUAGCUGUAAUUUCCAGGACGGACAUUCAAUGGACGAAACAUUACGUAUGGUUUUAGACGGGUCUAUUCCGGUUUCAAGAAUCCCGCCACUUGUUGUUAUGCAAUAUCGAAGUUCGUGGUAUGUUGUCCGGGGUAACCGCAGGUUAUAUCUUUAUCAGUUAUUGGAAAGGAAUGGAAAGCUACAGUUUGUGAAAGUCCUACAACAGAACUUUGACAACAGCGUGUUUAAGAAACAGUUUACAUCCAAGAACAAUGGCCGAUCUAUUCGUCUUCGAGGAGAUCGAAAGAUGAAACGCAGAUUGAACGAAAUAAUAGGAGACAAUUCAGGAUUGUGUGUAGUUAUGUGAUUGGAACAAUAAUUAAGGCAAGAACAUUGUUUAGACAUACACAAAUUUGACAAUGACGUGUUUUCAGUUUUUGUCGAUUAAGAAUUGUUUAAUUAAUGAACCUUAGAAUGGAACGCACACCAAACGCUUUUUCUUGCAUAAUUAAAAAGAUGGAAGUUUUCUUCGACUGAAAUUGGUAACUGAUUCUGAUUUUAUAAUCGCACGAAUUAUUCAAACAUGGAUCAAUGUCCUUUAAAAUGUGAACGGUAUUCCGAUAAGAAGCAAUAAACAGAAAGUCAGAACAGAAAAUUGAUACAUGUGUGCGUGUUGACCGAUAAAAAAGACGUUGAAUGAGGCUCUUUACAAAUUGAUGAAACAGUUGAUUUAUGUACUUAAUGAUAUAAUUGGUUUUCAAUGAUGACCAAUGAAUCAUUUCAGCGAUUAAUCGGUUAAACAAGAUACAAAGAUAACCAUUUGUAAAGAAUGUUCAAAGAUAGAAUUUAUAAAAGUCGAAAGUGGUCCGAUGAAUUGAAAAUAAAAGUAAACAUUUG